AAGGCGUCUGCAAAAUCAUAAACGGUUACAUAAGUUAUUCUCAAAUCUCGAGCAGUCAAUAAAAUCUUGUAAACAAAGUUUCCCGAUUGUGUAAUAUGGCGGUCGCCAUCGUUCAAGGCGCUUCUAGAGGUCUUGGUCUUCAAUUUUGUAAAGUUUUAGCUUCUAGGGCAGAUGUGGCAAAAGUAAUAGCUACCAGUCGGAGUGCAGAAAAUGAAGCAGCAUUGCAUAGGAUGCAAAGCCAAUUUCCCAAUAAAAUAGUGCUCAUCAAUGUUGAUGUAACAAAGGAAAAUAACAUCAAACAAGUUGUUCCAAAAAUCACUGAAGAAUCUACUGGAAAAAUAGACCUUCUUUUGAACUGCAGUGCCAUUCUACAUCCGUCUGGAAAAGGCGAGACAAGCUUGCGGGAUGUUUCGCUUGAAGGACUUAGGACCACCUUUGAAACAAACACAAUUGGACCACUUCUGAUUGCAAAAUAUUUUUCACCCCUAUUACUGAAGAGCUCUGGCUUGCUUGGAAAGCAAGCUGGGAAAAAACAUUCUGGAAUCCUAGUCAAUCUUACAGCUAAAGUUUCAUCAAUAUCUGAUAAUCAUGUUGGUGGUUGGUAUAGCUACAGAUUAUCUAAAAGCGCUCUAAAUAUGGCCACAAAAAAUUUGAGCAUUGAGUUGGGGAGAGGAAAAUCCAAAGUAAUAUGUGUGGCACUGCAUCCAGGAACUGUUGAUACUGAUCUUUCUCGCCCAUAUCACAAAGGUGUUCCUCCUGAUAAGCUGUUUUCCACUGAGAAAUCUGUUAACUAUUUGAUGUCCAUUAUAGAUAAGCUUUCUGUUGAAGACACAGGGAAAUGCCUUGCGUGGGAUGGCAAUGCAAUUCCCUUCUAACUGCUAGCUUAAGAUAAUGAAUACUUUUUUUGUAGUAAAAGAUGACAUAUUUUAAUACUAAUUUUGAAGAAUCUAGUAAUGCAAAAACAACUGUGCAGAUUACUUCUUGUGUACUGUACUGAUUUUAAUGUUACAAUCAUUUGCAGGACAAAGUUAAUAUAACUUGAAGCAUGUGA